UCGCUGCUUUCUCCUUCCCCGAAACCUCACUACUACCACACACUCUUCCUCUCCUCUCCCUUCUCCGACAACGCUUCCAUCGCCUCAAACCUCCGCACCCUCACGCGCCGCCCCCACGUCGCCGGCUCAUUAGCCAACGCCGAAGCUGCAUCACACGUCCUCUCCUCCUUCACCUCCUCCUCCCUCAAAUCCCACCUCGUAGCUUACAAAGUAUCUCUAACGUACCCAGUCCAUCGCUCACUCUCACUCACACCAACAGAAUCGUCAAAGUCCAUCAUCGCUUUCUCUCUGGAGCAAGAACACCUCGGAGACAACCCUUACGCAGACGAAGUCACGCCUACGUUCCACGCCUACGCCAAGUCAGGCGACGUCUCCGGCCCCGCGGCGUACGCGAACUACGGACGAGUCGAAGAUUUCUUGGGCCUAAACGUCUCCGGCGCCGUCGUGGUCGCGAGGUACGGGGAGAUUUACAGAGGAGAUAUAGUGAGGAACGCGUACGAGGCGGGAGCUGUAGGCGUGGUGAUAUAUACUGACGAGAGAGAUUACGGCGGAGGAGAUGAGUGUUUUCCGGAGAGUAAGUGGAUGCCGCCGAGCGGGGUUCAGGUGGGUACUGUUUACAAAGGGUUGGGUGAUCCGACGACUCCUGGGUGGGCUAGUGUUGAUGGGUGUGAGAGAGUGUCGGAGGAGGGUGUGGAGCUGAGGGGAGACUCUCCGGGUAUACCUUCUCUGCCUAUCUCUGCUGCUGAUGCGGAAGUGAUCUUGAAGAGUGUUGUUGGAGGUGUUGGGCCUGGGCCUGGGAUCUUGAACUUGAGCUACGUUGGGAAGACUGUUAUAGCUGAGAUUGAGAAUGUUAUUGGAGUGAUUGAAGGUGAAGAAGAGCCUGAUAGAUAUGUGAUUCUUGGAAACCAUAGAGACGCUUGGACUUUUGGAGCUGUUGAUCCCAACAGUGGAACUGCUGUUCUCUUGGAGAUUGCACAAAGGCUAGAUAAGCUUCAAAAGAGAGGAUGGAAGCCUAGACGGACUAUUAUUCUGUGCAAUUGGGAUGCUGAGGAGUAUGCUCUGAUUGGGUCAACAGAAUGGGUAGAAGAUAACAGAGAGAUGCUAGCUUCAAGAGCAGUGGCCUACUUGAAUGCAGACUGUGCGGUAUCUGGCCCAGGUUUUCGUGCUUCCGCGACUCCACAACUCGAUGACUUGAUCAAACAAGUGGCUAAAGAGGUCCGGGAUCUAGAUAACACAACACAAAGCAUUUAUGAAUCGUGGAUACGAUCAAACAACUCUGGUGUGAUAGGAAGAUUAGGGAGUGGAGCAUCAGACUACGCAUCAUUUGUGCAACAUGUUGGCGUUCCAGCAGUUGACAUGCUUUUCGGAGGAGGAUAUCCAGUCUAUCACUCUAUGUAUGAUGACUUCACUUGGAUGGAAAAAUUUGGAGACCCUAUGUUUCAGCGACAUGUGGCAAUAGCUAGUGUUCUAGGUUUGGUGGCUCUUCGGUUAGCAGAUGAUGAGUUCUUACCUUUCAACUAUAGCUCCUAUGCAUCAGAACUCAAGAAAAGCGCUGAAGAUUUGGAGAAGGAGAUGUUAGGACAUAGCAUAGAUAUCUCUCCGUUAAUCAAAUCAAUCCAAGAUUUAUCUACAGCUGCACAAGAGAUUAAUAUAGAGAAAGAGGAGGGAGUAAAGGGAGCUUUGAGAGUGAGAGAGCUCAAUGACAGGUUAAUGAUGGCGGAGCGAGCUUUAACAGACAGAGAUGGACUCUCUGGAAGAACAUGGUACAAGCAUUUGGUAUACGGACCAUCCAAGUACGAUGACUACGGAUCAAAAUCGUUUCCUGGAGUUGAUGAUGCAAUAGACAAUGCAAAGAGGGUAAAGACCAAAGCUUCUUGGGAACAUGUUCAACACGAGAUCUGGAGAGUGUCUAGAGCUAUAAGACAUGCAGCACUUGUCUUAAAAGGUGAAUUGAGAUGAUGAUAUCAAGAAUGCUGUUAUCACAAUGUGUAAACAUACCGAACUCAAAGCUCUAAGCUCACACUGUUGUACACAUUAAAAAACCAUCUUUUAACUUUGAAUCCAAAUUUAAGUAUUCUGCUC